GUAAGGGCGGGUGUGUUGUGUCCGUUUUCUCUCUCGUGUGUGUGUUUUUUUCCCGUGUCCCAAUUCGUGACCUUUUUUUUCUUAUUCAACUUUGGUGUGUACAUUUAUGUGCAUCGUCUCGUUCCUCCAAUGAACCCAGAACUGAAGCCAUGUGUAGCGUGAUCGGCGUGCUGCUGGGGGUGGCCGAGGUGAAGCUCCCCCUCCGGCGCCUCCCCCAGGAGAUGCGGACGCGCGUCGCUGUCGUGUCCCACGACGCCGUGCUCCACGACGAGACGGCCACGAAGAAGGAGGCGCAGGAGGAGUUUCUGGAGGAGCGGGAGAGGUUCAUCGGCGUGGUGGACGGUUUCUACGCCCUGCAGGAGGUGUCGGUCGAGGUGACUGACGGGCGGUGCGAGGUCAAGCGGGGUCAGGAUGUCGUCCUCAAGCACCGGGUGUGUGACGUCAUCGUCGCCACGACCAUCCCCGAGCACUCGCAGCGGGUCGUGUACAUCACCCGCGACGACAGCUUCGGUCGCGCCGCCGUCGUGCUGCAGAUGAUGUCCCCGAAGCACGUGGAGAAACUGCUCGCCUUCUUCUCCGAGUUGGUCGUCGCCAGGCUGGCUCCGCCCACGAACGGCUUAUCUCCGGGCUCGGUGUCGCCCAAGGACUCGCGGGCGUCCUGGAGCCGCGGGAUGGGCAAGAAGAUCAGCUCCAUCUUGACGUCCCUCGCCGCCAACAGCGGGAACAAAAGGACUCACUCGCGCCCCGAGGAUCGCUGCGCCGACGUGAUCAUCACGCCUUCGAGCGACGCCAAGGAAGGGAGCUGAGGGCGAGGACGAAUCCAGCAUCGAGGACAGCGACUCCAAGUCCGAGAGCAAGUUCUACGAGGACCACGGCCUCGACAAGGCAGUCCAGGAGAGCCUCUACGACGAUGACUCCGUGGACUCGGUGUCGCAGGGCAGCGACUCGUCCCAGGCGGAGGCCAACGCCGCCGUGAUCGAGGCGGAGAUCAGGUUCUUCGUGGAAACUGACGCAGACUUCCUGAGGGCCCUGCAGAGCCUGGAUGAGGACCGGGAGCGCCUCACCAGCGAGGAGACGCCUCAGUUCAUACGAGAGAAGCUAACACUGCUGUUCGCCCAGAUAAAGGCUCUCAUUCUGCUUCACCAGGAGCUCCACGGCGAGUUCGAGCGCAGCGGCAUCAGUCCGCAGCUGCUGAGCGAGGCGAUCGUGGGCCACCGGGGCGAUUACGAGAAGUAUGUGUACUUCAUGGAGAACAUCCCCACCGUGGACGGCAUCCUCUCCGCGCACACUGACUACUUUAAGGCCAACAUGCCGGAACUGCCGGAGAAGCUGAGGAAGCCGCGCAUGCGCCUCCACUAUUACGUUCUUACACUGGAGACUCUGCUGAAGAAGGUCAGCACGCGAGAGGAGAAGAGGAUCAUUCAGGAAGCGAUUGACGUACUCAAAGUUCCCCUGAAAAAGGCCGACUCGAAGCUCUUCCUCGGAGCCGUCACGGGGUCGCCCUUUGACCUUAGCAACUUCGGGAACCUGAUCCGACACAGUGACUUGCACCUCCGACGCGGCGGAGACCUGCCGAAGCGAGUGUACCACGUCCUCAUGCUGAAGACCAUUAUCAUCAUCACGCUAUCGCAAGGAAGAAAUUACAAGUACAUCACCAGUUUCCGGAUGGACCAAGUCAGCCUCGGAAAACGUCAAGGCCGAGGAGUGCUCUUCACGCUCGAGGUGAGGAACGGUCCUCGAGGCCAAGCCAUGCCUUACGUGUUCAAGGCUAAGAACAUCAACAUGCAGCAGCUGUGGAUCAACGACAUAAAAUGGAUUCUAAGAGAGAAAUCGCAGACUAAUACGCCGAGAAACAGUAUUAUUGAGGGGGAUCACGAGCUACGUGUUAGCGGCAGACGGAGCAAAUUCCGCAGAGGACAGUCCUUCGAGAGAGUCUUGAAAAAAGAACCCUCGCGUCCAGGCAGCAGUCCCGAGAUCGGCAUGGAGGACGAAGGAGAUCAGGCUGGGAACGCCUCGGGCUAUGGCAGACCUCGCCGCCGAGGGGCAGUCAAGAAACAUUCGAGCGCUCCGAGUCGCCCUCGACCUGUGGUAAGGCAGGCGAGCGGAUAUACCUCAGACGGAGAGUCUGUGCACAGCUGGAAGAGUCACACGUUACCUACACCGCCGCUGGCAGUGUGGACGAUUUUCCCUCAGCUUGAAAAUCUUUUCAAGGGCCUUCCUCAAGACGAUAAAGAAGGCAAUUUCUCCCAUCCGCACUCAGUGUUUCAUCAUGAGCGAAAGUACACAGCAAACCUGAACGAGCAACUCCGACAACUCCUGAACGACGAUUUUCCGCGGCCUCCAUCAUGUAUUGUAACCCAUUUGAGAACCCUCUUCGACUUCCACCUAAACACUUUCUACAAUUUACUUGAAGAAGCCAUCAGCGAGGGUUCCCCCGAGACCUUAGCUAGGUGUUUCAUCAUUUGUUCAGAAUAUAUAAGUCAACUGUACGCCUCGUUUCUAGCCGAUCGCGCACGGCUCGACUCGACCAUGAGAGAUAUGGAUCUAAAAAACCCUUACGUUUAUCCCGUGCUGCAAGUGGAGGUGUACAUGAAAUGUUUAAUCCAACUAGGCGAGACUCAGAGUUCCAAUCCGGACGCAAAAGCGACAAUCGACGAAGCCUUGUCGAUUUUCCGAGGCGUCAUUUCAGAAGCCAGCACGAUUCUCCUGACGGAGACAAUUGACGGGUCUCCCUUCGACCUCGACGAGUGCGGGACGGUGCUGAUGGAGGGCGACGUGAAGGUGCGGUUCCCGGGGCAGAUGAUGAAGCAGGAGAUCCACGCCGUGCUGCUGGAGACGAUGAUCCUCCUGCUAGAGUACCGCCACCCACGCUACCAGUACGUGGAGGCGCUGAGGAUGGACACCGUGGGUCUGGGUCCCGCCACUGACCACAACAGCUUCUCCGUCGAGGUGCGCGCGGGCGCUGCGCGGACACUCACCUAUCUCUUUAAAACUCCGCGGAAGGACGAGCGUGAAAAGUGGCAACUCGAAAUCACGAACAUUCUCAAACAACAAGUGGAGAAGCUCAAAGAAAAACAAAAGCGGAGGUUGGGAAGUGAGAUGCAGAAUCUUAAAAGCAUCGAAGCAAACGAUACAGUGAACCUACACAGUGUUUCCCCGAGACAAAAGCUCCUGGAGACGCCUUUGUGAACCCUUGUGAUCUAGCACUGCCUAGUCUGACCUGUACAGAUAUAAUUAUUCUUUUAAAAGGAAAUUAGAUGUUAAGGUAAUUGGCACUUGCAGAACUGGGCAGAUAAUUGAAACACAGAAUGCUCAUUUAGGGAUUCCAUUUUCGAUUAAAUCACUAGAAAUUUACUAAGGAAAUUGAUGAUACUUUGAUACUGUGGGUUACCUGUUGUACGUAUCACUCUCAUUGUCUGGUGAACAUAUUACAUGUAAAUAAGUGUAUUGUCAAUAAAUAUAAUGUAAGCUUA